CGAAGGCGGAGCGCUGUUUAUUUGACAUGGUCCGAGCGUCACGAAUUGACACCUUGCGCGUUAACAACCCGAUUCACAGAUUCACACCUCACCUCGAUCCAUCACACCGUCACAAUGCGCUUCUCAGCAACAACUAUCCUAGUAACCACGCUGGGGUACCUCAGCGCCGCUACCGCACACACCAUCCCGCUCAAGGCCCAUUCACGAGAAUGCUUCCACGAGAACCUGCACCGCGAUGAUGUGAUGACUGUUACCUUCCAGGUUGGAGACCGGGAGUUUGGAGGAAGUGGAAACCUCGAGAUUGAUUUCUGGGUCGAGGAUCCCCUGAGGAACCGCCAGUACUUCAAGCAAGCCGUUUCAUCCGAAGACUACUCGUUCACCGCACAGGCCGACGGCAAAUACAACUACUGUUUCAGCAACGAGGGCUGGACUUCCAACUCCAAGGAGGUUUCCUUCAACGUUCAUGGAAUCGUCUACGUGCCUGAAUCUGAAAUGUCGCAGGAUCCCCUCGAGGCCGAAGUUCGCAAACUCUCCGAAGCGUUGACACAGGUCAAGGACGAGCAGUCGUACAUUGUGGUGCGUGAGCGGGUACACCGCAAUACGGCCGAGAGCACCAACGGCCGUGUGAAGUGGUGGAGUAUGUUCCAGCUGGCGGUUGUAAUUGGGGAGGGUGUGUUCCAGGUGUGGUGGCUCAAGAGAUUCUUCGAGGUCAAGCGUGUGGUCUAAUUUGGACUUGUCGUUACUUCGGAUUGAAUAUCUUUUUUUCUGUGUUGGACGAUUAUGUGGUGGAUUUGAACAUGCUGGGCUUCCCAGUGCAAUUCACCAAGAAAUUUAUCACGUUUUCACGCUAUGGUGUCAUGCGAUCUUCCUUAGUCUACAUAAUAUAAACCUGUACUACUACCUGGGCGCAGUGAACGGGUGAUCUUUGGGUUGUAGAUGUGCAGUCUAUAAAG